ACACAAAAUACAAGCAUCCAAGGAUCGCAAAAUACACAACUAAAGCCAUCGCAGCAUAUUACCCAGAUAGAAAAUGGGGAGGCCAAGAGUACGUAUCUAUGAACUGGAUGAGACGAGUGUGGUACGAGUCGAGGCUCCACAGUUGAUGUCUAUGAUAGAGUGUUUGAAAUGACCUCUGUAUUGACUGGGUUAAUCAUAUUGGUUCGCCAUGGGGAAUCUGAAGGUAACUGCGACAAAUCGGUGAACUGCCAUAUCGCAAACCAAAAGAUACGGCUCACCGCCACAGGCCACCAGCAGGCUGCACUCGCAGGGAUUCGCCUCCGAAACGAGCUCAAAGAGGAUGAUAAAAUUCUCUUCUACACCUCCCCUUACUUGCGUGCCAGACAGACGUGCACAGGCCUCAUAAACGGGAUUGAGGGACACUAUCCAUACGAGGUGGCAGAAGAGCCGCGGAUGCGAGAGCAAGAUUUCGGGAACUUUCAGUCUUCUUCUCUGGAAAUGGAAAUGAUCUGGAAGGAAAGAGCGCAUUACGGGCACUUUUUCUACCGUAUCCCCGACGGUGAGUCUGCGGCCGACGUUUAUGAUAGAGUGGCGGGCUUCAACGAGACUUUGUUCCGACAGUUCCAGCAGCCGGACUUCCCAAGUGUAUUGGUUCUCGUCACACACGGGAUCUGGGCGCGAGUCUUCUUGAUGAAAUGGUUUCGAUGGACGUACGAGGAGUUUGAAUCGUUACGAAACAUCCCGCACUGCCAGUUCUUGAAUAUGGAGCGUGAGGAUGAACUGGGCCGUUACGAGCUAAAGACACAGUUGUUGAAGUGGGAUGACGUGCUGGACGACGAGAUUGAUUUGGAAAUGGAUAAUGAUCGCGCGUUGCUUGCGGAACUAAAGUUCAACUCGAAGGGUAAGUUGGACGAUGAGUCGUUGACAAACGUGUUGAACGCGGAGAAAUCCGCCAAAAAGUCACAAAGAGAGAAAGGCAGGGAGAUCAAAAAGGAAUAUGAGAAAUACCGUAAUCGGGUUAACAGUAACUGCGAGUAA